AUGGUGUCGGCAAAUAGGGAGAUGGUGGUGUAUUGCUUCGACACACUGGUCGCCCACUACAACAGCGAACAAACCCCUCCUCCUGCUUUCGAUGAGGGUCAACACCCAUUAUUUGUUACUUGGAAGAAAGUGGUUAAUGGUGGGGAGCCUCGUUUACGUGGGUGCAUUGGAACAUUGGAAGCUCGCUGCUUAAUCAAUGGUUUCAAGGACUAUGCGUUAACAAGCGCUUUAAGGGACCGCCGCUUCCCGCCCAUUCAGGCCAAAGAGUUGCCUUUUUUGGAAUGUACAGUUUCCAUUCUGGUUAAUUAUGAAACUGCUCUCCAUUACCUUGACUGGGAGAUUGGAAAGCAUGGUAUAAUUAUUGAGUUUACUGAUCCUGACCAUAAUACAAGGCGAAGUGCCACAUACCUGCCUGAGGUGGCUGCUCAUGAAGGUUGGACAAAGACAGAAGCGAUUGACUCACUGAUGCGAAAAGCAGGUUACAAUGGAACCAUAACUGAGUCACUCCGAAAGCGUAUCCGACUGACCCGUUACCAGAGCACACUAUUCACCAUGCAAUACAGUGACUAUGUUGCAUAUGUCCAAACAACCAGAGGUGCUGCUCCCUCUGUUUCUGGGUCGAAGUUCGACAACUAUUGA